GCGUAGCCUCAAGUAGUCGACCAUGGGAAGCAUGAAGGUGCACCAACUGGCACGUGGACUCUGCUGGGAGCAAGAACCCUCACCCUCCCUCUCUCUCGGCUGCAAGCGUCUCCGCCCUCUCGCCCCCAAGCUCCCCUCCUCUCCCUCUCCACUCGACCUCAAGACCUUCAUCCGCCCCGAAAGUGGCCCCAGAAAACUCUCUCAAGACCAUUCUCACAAGGACUCUCCCCAGGUGGAAACGCAUCCCGGAGGGACGAGAUGGAACCCCACGCAGGAGCAGAUUGGGAUAUUGGAGAUGCUGUACCGAGGCGGGAUGCGAACCCCGAAUGCUCACCAGAUAGAGCAGAUCACGGCCCAGCUUGGCAAGUACGGGAAGAUCGAAGGCAAGAACGUGUUUUAUUGGUUCCAAAACCACAAAGCACGCGAGAGACAAAAGCAGAAACGCAACAGUCUCGGCCUCUCUCACAGUCCCAGAUCCACAGUAUCCACCCCCGUUACUGCCAUGACUUUUGACGCGAGGGUGGGUGAAAUAGUGGGGGCAGAGGAGGAUAGUCCGUACAGGAAGAAGUGCAGGAGCUGGGCGUUCGAGGGCUUUCAAGACCAAAGCAGGACGUGUAAAGAGGAAGAACAUAGAACUCUGGAGCUUUUCCCGUUGCACCCGGAAGGCAGAUGAAGGGGUUUCAUCAUUUAUCCGCCAUGUUCUGAUCUGUACCCUGCAGCUUUUGUAACCACCAACGUGAUAUCUUUCUACUCAAAUACUGAUUGAAUUAUGUGCGCUUUGCUUUAUUUUUCUUCUUUCUUUUCGUGUUGAGGAAAGAAGAAAGACAAAGUUGUUUCUCUCAGUACUCUACCGCUUAAUGGUAUCCUCUCCUGACUUUGCAACC